GCCCGGACCCCUCACCCUCACCCGUAACCACCACUACUCUACCAAGAGGAGGAUUAUUUUUCCAAUUCUCCUCCACACAGCCUUAUUUUGAUGAGGGGCCAUUAACAAUUGGGUAAAAUACUAACCAAUAUCAAAGUGGAGAGUGGAAACCCAAUUGGGUGGAUGAGCUUGAUACUGUGCGGUUGACCGGUCGGAAAGAGUGAGAGAGGGAAUAAUGGCGUUGCAGUGUUGGAGCUCCGCUUCUAACCUGACAUAUCCAAAUCUAAGCACUCUCUUUUCGGAUUCCAAACCUUACAAUUUUCCUCGUUUUAGAAAACACAGAAAGCCAGCCAAACUCACUUGCUUCCUCAAACUUGGUGUCGAGGAUAUUGCGGAAAUAGCUCACAACAAGGUAGUGAUAGCAGCUGUUGUAUCAGCGGCCAUUGGUCAACUCUCAAAGCCAUACACUUGUGUACUUUUAUAUGGCAAAGAUUUUGAUUUCAAGACUACUUUUCAAGCUGGUGGAUUUCCUUCUACUCAUUCCUCUUCAGUGGUGGCUGCUGCCACAUGUCUUGCCCUUGAAAGGGGCUUCUCCGAUUCGAUUUUUGGCCUCGCUGUGGUUUAUGCCUUCCUUGUCAUGUAUGAUGCACAGGGGGUGAGAAGAGAAGUUGGAAAUCAUGCGAAAGCAUUAAACAAAAUGCUACCCAAGACUGAAGUUAACUCAAAGGUUUGCAGUAGAGAUGAUCUGAUUGAUUCUCAGGAAGCACCUGAGGAAAACCUUGGUGCCCUUUUAUCCAAAGAGGAAAGGCCUUUUUUGCCAAAUUCCACAAACUCUCCUUUAUUACUUGAAACAGAGAACAAAACAAGACAAACUAGUCAGAGAUUGGCAUUUUCGAGCUUAACAGCUGCUGAAGAAGCAACAGAGAAGAUCCCCUGUAGUUCAGCUCCUUUGAAAGAAUCAAUUGGCCACACAGAGGUUGAAGUUAUAGCCGGUGCUUUGUUAGGUUUCUUUGUGAGCGUCGCAGUCUAUACUAUUUUGUGAUAACAUCUUCAUUUUUUAUUUUUCAAUUCAUUGCUGCAUUCAGACAUAUUGUUAGAAAAUCAUCUAUAUUUACUAAGAUCAUAGUUAGAUAAGAUUGAGACUGGAUUCAAA